AAUAUAGAAAUCUUCUUUUUUAUUUUUAUUUUUACCAAUAAUAAAAUCGCAAAUGACAGUUCGAUGGCCAUCAGUCAGCCAGUGUUACCAACUUCCGAUAAGUAAAAAAGGAGUGUCACAAAGAGCUUCUUUUCGAAACUACUUUCAGUGUCGAAAAGACUUCGAUAUGAAACCAAAAUAGAAAAAAUAUUAUUGCUAUGCCUAUAUCAUACAGGGUGUAAAAAAAAUUAGCAUUAUUGUGUUAAAGCUAGUCCGUCCCUGGCAAACUAGAUUGGCCAAGUGUGUUUGAAAGGGUCCAUUUUAAGGGGUCUUAUCUAAUAUCCAUCAUAUUAAAAGAAAAAAAAAUAACACGAAGUAUUUUGAUAGUUAUCAACAAAAAAACGAUUUUCAGAGGCGUCCUUUAGGGGCACGUAACUUCGUAGGGGGAGCAGUAGGAAUUUUUUUUUAUAGGAAGUUGUCAUGUUAUUUUUUUGUGUUCUAUCUGAAUCCGAGAGAUUGCCCACAUAUUCUGGGACACCCUGUAUAUUGGCAAUCUCUCGCAGUCGCUGAAAAUAUAAAUUCUUAUCAAAAUAUCACUUAUAACCGAUGCAGAUUGUGACUCAGUAAUAAAGCUGAAUUUGAAAUCCCAGUUUAGUUCAACAUAACACGUGCAAAAUAAAACGCUCACAAACAAGUUCAUCCGAGGUCACCCAAAGAUUUGGACCCAAAGAUGACCAUCUCUGGUUAAGGUUUCCUAUAACCGGUAGGACUUAGGAUACAACUUAAAACAGUGAAAACAUUAUUUCACUUCACACUGGUAAACAAAUAAAUGUAUUAUGAAUGGAAUGCAUGAUGCAUACAUAACCUUGACUGGUUUAUCACGAUAUCGACUAAAAUUGCAAUAGAAAAGUUUAAAUUGAAUCAGGAAUCAUUACAUAUUUAAGGGUUGCUAUAUUCUACCCAUAAAAAAUUUAUACUAUAGUCUCCAACCAACUUUUUAUCUUAUGAAAAUCCUAUGAAAUGAUGUCCCAACAAGUUCGGAAAAUAAAAGUGGAAUUCAAAAAUAUCUACGAAAUAGACGAAUUUCUAUUAUCCAAUACACGACGGAUAUUUUCCAUACAAACUUGCGAUUCCAAGCUAGAAGUGAACAGGAUUUUAAAUAUACUUGAGCAAUUGCAAUUGGAACCGACUUUUGAAAAUUCUGCUUAUUCGGGAGCCGAAAAUGUUUCAGUCCUAAACUGGACCCAACUAAAAACUCAAUUAACCGAAGAAUCUGACACAAAACUCGCAAAUUUAACCAUAAUAGACGUCCUAAAUUACAAAAAAGUGGAUCCAGAACACAAAAAAACUUUAAGAAAAUUGUUUGAAAACAUUUCUAAUACAGAAAUAAAAAAAGUAAUUUUGGUAAGCGCCUCAGAAAGUAUUUGCACCGAGAAUAAAUAUCAAAACGAUGCCAAUUUUUUUACAGAAAAAAAAGUUUCCGAAAUUUCUUUUAGAGAUCUUAGUGAUAAAACUCAAAAACAAUGUUUGCAAAUUUAUUCUAUUUUCUUCCAAAAAGAAACAAUAACACUUGAAGAGUUUUUGAGAAAAAAUGACCUUUUAAAUGAAGAAUCAUUAAAUAACAUAAUUACUUCUACUGUUCUUAAUAAUAUAAUGAUGUAUAAUAAAAAAACCAUUCCAAUAGGAAUUUGUAAUGAUCAAAAAAAUUAUUUCAAAGAUUUUUAUAUACAACGUACAUUUUGCAAUCAAUAUUUUGUUUCUAAAAAAAUAUGGAAAUUAUUAGUUAGCAAAAUUGAGGUAAAUGAUACGUGGAUUUUUAGCGGUGUAAACGAUCAAAGGGAAUUAAUAGAAAUUUUGAAAAUUCCCAGUAAAAAAGCUUCUAAAUUAUGCGAAAAUAUUCACAUGUUCAAACAUUUUAAAGAAGCUAAAGUUUAUUUUGACAAAUUGCCUUCUUGCCGACCAAUUCAUUUAAUAAAAUAUGAAAACGACCAAUUUUUAUGGAUCAAUUCAAAAGGCUUUGUAGACAAAUUAAGAAAAUAUAUUUUUAAAAAUCAUUCCUCAAUACUACAAUUGUCUGAUUUAUUAAAUUACAAAACUGUAAUAUUAAACGGACCUUUGGGUAUAGGAAAAUCCACUACUUUAAGCAUGCUGAGUACAUAUCCUUUUUGGUUUUUAAAUAUUAGAUUUUCAAACUGUAAUGAAAUGAUUGCAAGUAUUCCAAAAAUAAUCAAUCGACAAACAUUAAUUGAAUUUUUAACAAAUUAUAUUGGACCUAAUUUUUUAGCUCAUGGCUUGUUAAACUUUUUUUUGUAUUAUAAUUCUAAGAUUCGAAUUUAUUUAUUAUUCGACGAUUUGGCAGGCAAUAUAGAUUUAGAUACUUAUAAAUCCUUUUUACAACUGUUAGUGUUUAUAAAAGAAAAAUCCAAUGCAUUUAUUUGGAUUAGUUCAAAACCUGAAAACUGUAUUGAUUUGGAAAAUAAUUUAUCAACAUUUUCUACAUCUUUUAAUGAUAUAAAUAAAGAUGAAAUACAACAUAUUUUUCACAAAAAUGAAUUGACAGAAAAUACACAUUUGUAUUAUAAAAAUAAUAAAAAGUUAUUUAAUAAUAAGCAAAAACUAUUAGGCGUUCCUUUGCUUUGCGAUAUAAUUUCCAAAUUAAAAAAUCCAACUAUUAAAUGUCAAAAUAUUGAGGAAUUGUUUUCCAACUUUAUAGAAUCUAAAAUUGAAAAAUACAUGUCUGAACAUUUCUCGAACAGCAAUCACAAAACCGAAAUUAUUAAUUAUAUAAAAGAAAUUCAUGGUGUUAUAGCUUUGAAGCUAUUUAUUUAUCCAGAAUUUGAAGACAAUAAAAAUAUGGCAUUUCAUAUAAACAUAACUAAAGUUGGGUUCGUUGUAUUAAGAAUGAAUGGCAAUUAUGAAUUUACUGACGAAGCUGUUGCUAAUUAUUUUAUUGCUAAUAAGUUUUAUGUAUGGAUUUCAGCACCCAGUAGUCCAAUUGAAAAAAAUUUACUUUGUAAAUUUUUGUUGGAGAGACAGUAUGCUUUGAUACGUGUAUUUUUGAAUUAUUUUAUCAAACUGGGAAAACCUCCAGCAAUGCCUCAAAACGUUAAACACCAUAUCGUUAAAUUAUUUCAAGAAAAUACUCAAAAUUUCUUUAAUGAAAACCAUGCAUGUACCUUGCAAAUAUUGAUGAAAGAGAAACUUUUUCUUAUUAUUGAGUGGUUUUUUCCAAAAGAAAUUCUAGAGCUUAUACAUCCAUAUUUGAACAAAAACAAAGCAUUUUAUAAUUAUUUUGAAAACCAUAUAAAAUUUCCAUGUCAAAGUAAAUCACACAGAGCUGUUCUAAAUGGCUUGAAAGACAAUUUGGAAAUUAAAAUACCUGUUGAUAUUGUUGAUAGAAAUAAUGCUACUCCUAUCCAAUAUGCUGCCACUAAUGGUAGCUUAGACAUCGUGAAAUUUUUAAAAUCCAAAAAUGCCAAUGUAAAUCACAAAGAUAAUAAAUCAAAAACAGCCCUUAUACGUGCCAUAGAAAAAAACCAUAUUGAAAUUGUAGAAUUUUUAGUUGAAGAUAAAGCCACUGAUAAAGAUUGUCAGGAUAAAAAUGGCAUUAGUGCUUUAGAAUAUGCUGCAAUAUCAAAAAAUACCGAUUUAAUUAAAUAUUUAUCAGAUACCAAUGUGAAUCAUGUUGAUAAUUUUGGUAUGACGGCUUUGUGUUGGGCUGUAAAAGUUGGCGACCUUGUUAUGACCGAUUAUUUAAUUAAAAUUGGUUCCAACUUAGACAUCAAAGAUGAACAUGGAAGCAAUCUUUUAAAUAUUGCAAUGAAAUCGAAACAAUGGCAUUUAAUUAAAUAUUUAACUUUUUGCCUUGUUAAUGUAAAUAUGGCAGAUUUCAAUCAAACAACCCCGUUGGAAAGAGCUGUUAAAUCCAACCAAUGGGACUUUGUUAAAUAUUUAAUAUUAGAAGGAGCUUCAUUGCCAAAUAAUUUUAAUCCCAUAAAAAAUGCUGCUGAAGCUGAACAAUGGGAUUUAAUUAAGUUGAUGCUGGAGCAUCAAGGCAAUUUGAAAGACAUUUCAAUGGAACUUACAGAAAAUAUUUUGAAUUUAUUUGUAAAUGCUUCAUUUGCUGAAUUAAUUCAAUUAGGGAAUGUUGAUGUUUUGGAUUUAUUAAUUCAACGCGGUAAAUUUGAUGAUCAUAAUUUAGAUCGACUUUUAUCUGAACCUUACGAAGAGUUAUUGUUUGAAAAUAAAACAGCAUUACACACAAAUAUGAAAAUAUUUGUUGAAGAAAUGUUGGUAAAGCUUCGAUCUAAAAAAGGUCAAAAAUUUAAAUUGAGUGAGAAGGAUACUGAAACAAGAAUUAAUUUAGUUUGUGAACAAAUAUCUCUAAUUGAAAAUGUGAAGGAAAUUAAUAAAGAAUUUAUUACACGUGCUAGAUUGAUUGCACAAAAUAUUGAGUUACUCAAAAGAGCAAUUAGAAAAUCAAAUAUACCAUGGGAACAAAUGGAAUUUUGUAUAAUAAUAUUCAUAAACUUUUUUUUAAACCCACAACAGGAAGAUUUUGUUUAUAGAUUAGUUUUAGAUCAAGAUAAACUAAUUUUAUAUCUUAAAUCAUUUUCAAUGUUCUUACUAAAACGUGAGGCUUUUCCUAAGAUGGAAGAUUUGGAAACAGAUUAUAGAAUUUUAAAAGAUAUCUAUUCAUUAAAUCGUAUAUCUUCUUAUAUUAAACUAGCUUUAUCUGUUAGUGAUAAUAAAGAAAUAAUGAAUACCUAUGUGUUAAUGAGAUGCUUACAAGUAAUAGGAGAAAGUUUUAAAAAAACAACAGAUUCACCUAAUUUAUCACCAGAAAUUCAUCAAUUUCUUAUUUUAUCAGCACCAACAAACGUAGGACAAAUUGUUACAUCUUUGAGAGACUCUUUGUCACAUUCAGAUGCAUAUAAACAAAAAAUAACUAUCGAAAAUAAAUUAAAAACCGAUCUAGAGUUUUUUCAAGCUGUAAAAAAUGAUCUCAAAAAAAUCCUAUUGCAAAUUGACUUUUUGCUUUUUACGAAAAAGAAAGAAACGCUUGAAAUGUUUCGUCAAAAAUGUUUGAAAAAUCCAAAUAACCUAAACAAUAUCAAUCAGUAUAUAAAUUGGGAAUCUUACGAAAUUAAAAGCAUCGAAGAAUAUGAAAUUAACGAUAUCAAAGUAAUACAAAAACUAUUUGAAAAAUUAAAACUUGCAAACAAAAACUCCAACAAACAAGAACUAGAAUUGAUAAGUAAGCUUUCAAAAGAAAUUAGUUUCAUUGAAAAAACUAUUUUUACACAACUGAAAGAUGUAAAAGAAAAGUACUACGACAUGCGUUCAGAUUUUAGAAGUUUAGAUGAAGCUCAGCAUUCGCAAAGUUUACCAAAAUUAACAAUAGACUUGUGCAUAAAACGAAAGGAAGGAAUUUAUUACGAAGCUUUCUCAAUUUUAGUAGAUCUUAUUAAGGUGUAUCAAAACAAUGUGGCAGAAAAUACUGGCAAAAAACUAGACUCGAUACAAAUUUGUUUUCAAUUGUGCUACAUUAUGAAAUGGGAUGCUCAUAAAAUAAAAAAUAUCCAAGAAAUUCAUAGUAGUUUAUCUGGGAAGUUAGAGGAAAAUUCAAUUGACAAAAUUUUAGAUUGUAUUAAAAAUUAUUUGGAAAAUGAAGCUGAUAGAAAUAUAUUUAAAGAACAUAUUAUAGAAAAAAAAUUAUUGCAUGAAUCAUUCAAAAAGCUAAAACAAAAUCCCAUAAACGAAUUAAUUGAUCAAUUGAAUAUUGUUAUAAAAGAGAAAAUAAAUCUUAAAAAAAGUUUACGCAACAAUAAACCUCAAAUAUUUAAGGAAAUAAUAUCAAACAUGGAUGAUUAUGGAAAGUUAAUAAAAAACUAUGCAUCUGAAAAGUUUUUUAAAGUUUUAAAAACAUUUUUCUCUCCAUUAAAAAGCACAAAUAUUGAAAAUGCAAUAUUAUUAGUUAUUAAACAAGAAGACAAAGAAUUUGAACAAAUAGCUUACACUAAACUAACUUUAUUAACACAAUAUAUAAAAGAAAAUGAUAGAAGCUUGAAUUUAACAUUACAAUCAGCCAUAGAAAUUCUUUUACUGGACGUAAUGGAAGCUUGUAUUACGAAAAACGCAAUAAUAGAGUACAAUAUAUCGUUUAAUGAAUUCUCUCCUAUGUUAGUUGGUACUGCUCUUCGUAAUUAUUUAGCUCAUGGUACUCCUUUAAUAGACACAUUACCUUUUGAUCCUUUAAACGCUAUCUUAGCCACUGCAAGGCUUCUUGAAGAGAAAAAAGAAAAUUUAUUUGAAACUGUUACAAGUGAACCUCUAAUAGAAAAUACUUGUGAUAAAAUUAAUAAAGCACAACAGGAUACUAAUAAUGUUAUUGAAAAUAUAAUAACGAAUGAUGACGUAAAAUGUUUUGAGAGUAUUAUAAAACAUCGCAAAAUGUCCUUGUGUAAUUAUUUUUUAAACGCCACUAGCAAAGGGGCUAUAAAUAUCAUUAAACACAUCUUAAAAUUUGAUAAAAUUAUUGUUCCAAGCAUUUUAAUUUGGCCUUCAAUAAUAAUAGCUUCAAAAAAUGGCCAUGGAAAUAUGGUACGACUAUUUUUAAACAACCAUGAUGACUCGAUCCAUCAAGCAAAUUUUGAUAGAAAUUCUUUCAAAAACUUUGAAAAUAUUUUAUCAUCAAAUUUCGAUAUCCAAAUUAGCAAUAAUAACAAAAAAUUAAUACAACAACUUAUCGACAAAUCCUUUGAAUUAGCAGCCACCAAUGGACACCUGACAAUAGCUAGCCUAUUGCUAAAAUACAAUCCAGAUAUCAAUUAUAUUAACAACGAAAAUUUAUCAAUUCUUCAUUUGGCAGCUAAAAAUGGCCACAGUGAAAUUAUAAAACUAUUAAUCAGCAACAAUGCUGAUAUAACGACAAAUUCAACUACACCUCUUCAUUUAGCUUCAUUAUACUGCCACAGUGAAGCUGUUAAAGUUUUACUCAAACACGAAUCAAUAAAUAUCGACGCCCAGAUAGAAAAUGAAGAUUUCACUCCAUUGCAUCUUGCAGCUAGAUAUGGAUCUGAAGAAAUUGCAAACAUUUUAUUGGACAACGGUGCGAAUAUUGACGCUGUAACUAUAAAUCAGUCAACAGCUCUUCAUUUAUCUGCCCUAUACAAUCGAAUUGAAGUUGCAAAAAUUUUACUACAACGUCACGCAAACGUAAAUGUUUUAGAUAAAUGUAAUGCCAGCCCGUUGCUGUUAGCAGCUGCAAGAGGCUAUGAAGACUUAGUUAAAGUUUUGCUCGAAUAUAAUGCUAAUCCUCUAAUGGAAUUAGAAGGCUAUCGUCCUCUUCACAUGUGCGCCUUAUAUGGCCACUCGGGUAUAGCAAAUAUUUUAUUAGAGCACGAUCAAACACAAAUCGAUAUUCCUUCAUCAGAUCGAAAUCAAUUUACCGCUCUACAUUUUGCUGCAUUAGCUGGCCACAUUGAUGUAGUUGAUGUUUUACUAAAACAUCAUUGUAAUAAAAAUUGUGCAGAUAAUGAUAACUUCACUCCCCUACAUAUUUCUUCAUUACAUGGCCAUAAAGAGAUUGCAAAGCUUUUAUUACAACACCAAGUUGAUAUUAAUGUUGUAUGUUUUCCAACACAAUCAACGGCGCUUCAUAUGGCCGCAUCACAUGGACAUGAAGAAAUCGUAGAAGUUUUAUUACAAAAUGAUGCCAACAUUAAUGCGCAAGAUUCUUCUGGUAAAACUGCACUUCACUUAGCAGCUGGUUAUGGUUAUAAAGCUGUAUUGAAUGUGUUAUUAGAGUAUCACGCUGAAGUUAAUUGUGAGACAAAUGAAAGGGCAACUCCUUUGCAUUUAGCAGCCGAAGAUGACCACGAAGAAGUUGUUGGAUUGCUAAUAAAAGCUGGAGCUAACGUUAAUGCGCAAGACAAAAAAUUAUUCGCCCCUCUUCAUUUUGCAGCACAGAAUGGCCACGAUGGGGUGGCUAACAUUUUAAUUCAAAACGACGCUAACGUUGAUAUUAGGAUGCUCAAUCAUACGACUCCCCUUCAUACCAGUGCGCAACAUGGCCAAAUCAAUAUCGUUAAAUUGCUUUUGAAAAAUAAGUGUAAUAUCAAUGCAACUACAAUAAGUAAAUUUACAGCACUUCAUUUAGCUGUAGUCAAAGGUCAUGAAGUUAUUGCUGGAUUGCUUAUAGAUUAUAAAGCUGAAAUUAAUGUCACAUUGGCAAAUAAUACAAGCGUUUUACACUAUGCUUGUGAAGCUGGUCGUGUUAAUAUCGUUAAACUAUUGCUGCAGAAUCAUGCUAAUGUUAAUGUAGCAAAAGAAGGGCAGAAUGUAACACCGCUACAUAUAGCUGCUCAACAGGGACAUGAAAAAGUUGUUCGUCUACUACUGGAACAUGAAGCAACAAAUAUUAAUGCAAUUACAAGAGAAGAAGCUACAGCUUUACAUUUAGCCGUAGAAAAUGGUCAUUUAGCAGUAGUUCAAGUGUUGCUACAAUUUAAUGUAGACGUAAAUGCUGCUAGUGAAGGUCAGUUUACACCUAUACAUAUAGCUGCACAGUGUGGCCAUAAAGAUAUAGCAGAACUAUUAAUCGAACAUGAGUGUGAUGUAGAUGCUGUUUUAUCAAGCCAACACACUCCGUUGCAUUUAGCGACGCAAAAUGGUCAUCAAAGCUUAGUAGAAGUUCUAAUUAAAAAUCAAGCUAAUGUGAAUGCAACUGAUGACAAACUUGCAACGCCUCUACACUUAGCUGCCCAUCAUGGCCACGAAAUGAUUACUUUGAUUUUGCUAACGUAUCAAGCAAAUGUGAAUGCCCAAGCAAUUGCUGGCUAUACGCCCCUACAUGCUGCAGCUUUUCGUGGUCAUGAACAAGUAGUAGCAAUGCUGUUAGCGCAUGGUGCCGAUGCUAAUGCAACGGAAACUGAUUUGGCAACCCCUCUACAUUAUGCUGUGGAAAAUGGCCACGAAAACAUUGUCGACUUAUUAUGUAGCGGAGGUGCUAAUGUAGAGGCAUUGAAAUCGGGCCAAUCAUCGACUCCGUUGCAUUCAGCUACAGAAAAAGGUUUUUUAGGAGUUGUUAAGAUAUUGAUUAAACAUAAUGCUAAUGUAAAUGCUCUUAGGAAUAGAGAUACGCCUCUUUAUUCGACGGCGAAUAUGCUUUUGAGAAAUGACGUGCAUUAUAUAAUGAAGGAGACGGCUUUGAGUAUAGCUAUACAAAAUAAACGUGAAGAUAUAAGGGCAUGUUUAUUGAAAAAUGGUGCUAUUAAUGGAUUUGAAUACAUAAAUCAUUAGAAUACUUUCUGUGAUAUGUGAUAUGUUAUAAUUAUAACAAGAACAAAUAUACAAUACAAACUGAUUAUAGUCACCUUUCGUAGGGAUGCUUCUCACUUCUCACAAAUAUUGAGAAUUUAUAAUUAUAAUAAAUACCUACCAAAUGCAUUUAUUUAUCAAAGAAUAGGUACCUAUAUGCUAGAAAUGCUACAAUAUUUGUAUUUUCUUUACAGAGAAUUUUUUUUUCUAAAAUACCCUUAUUAAUCCAGGGUGUUGGGUGAUUUCUAGUUGAAAAUGUUUUUUCAGUUGUAUAUUUAUUAAGAAUUAUACAAAAUUAGGUUGAAAUAAUAAAUUAUUA